AUGCUCACCUUUAACCUAACCGUUCCACUCUCGGUUGACUUCUCGCGUCCUGAAGAUUAUUUAAUAUUUAUUUUUCAUAUCCUGUUCGCCACAGGGUCGGCUCUCCUGGCAGGGUCAGUGGUCAUCGGCAUCAUGAACACCAGAGCCCUGCGCUCCCAGAACCGCUUCAUCUUCAUGUUAAACACCAGCAUCAGUGACACGUUAACCGGCUGCUCUGUCUUCUACCUCGGCCUGUUUGACGUCCAGGAGGGUUACCCGUCCCGAAACGGCACUUAUUACAUUUUACCAUCAUUUCUAGGGGUGAACGUGUUGACAUUUGUGUUUGCGCAGUUUGACAGAUACCUGGCUGUGUGUCACCCCUUCUUCUACAAGCGGCACAUCACGCGCGGGGUUGUGAUUGGCGUUUGCGCGCUCUGUUGGACUUAUACAUAUUCAAUUCUUACUGUUCAAAGUGUCGUGCCAGUUGCAUUUGCCGCGCAAAUGAACGCGUUUGGGGUCAUAGUCCUACAGGUGAUCGUGGCCAUCAAAGUGUUAAUGACCAUCAAAUUGUACAUGAUCGCGAGGCAUCAGCUCAGCCGAGAGCCGCCCAGCAGCGACAAGGAGAACAAGAAAGAGUCGCUGCGCAUCAUCGUUUUUGUGGUCAUUUGUUUCCUCAUCUUGUGGGCUCCGUCUUUUGUGAACAUCUCUGUAAAAUAUGUGACUAAGACCGGGCUGAGGUUCAAGAAUGAAGCCACGAAUCUUUUCGCGAUCAUGGCGCGAUUUAACGCGCUCAGCACGCCUGCGCUGUAUAUUUGGGGUAGUCCGGCUUUGCGCGCGGCGGUCUGGAACUCAGUGUGGAGUAAAAUAUUCAAGAGAAGAACAAGGGUGGACUCUGGCCAUGUGAAACCCAAGAAGGGAGGAGAGAGAAUUCUCAGCAUCACACGGAGUUCCAGAGAAUCAUGAACACUGAAGACUCUCUCAAUUAUCUGCUGAAACGUUGAAAUGAUCCGAGCCGUUGCAACAGAGCAGCUAAUAAUAACAUAAAACAGGUUUGACUCCAACAGGCUUCUUGAUCCAUAAUGCCAAAUUUCACGUAUUUUCACAAUAUAUUCUCUUUGUUAUGACAAGUCUCAUAUCUUAAUGUCUUACAAGGAUUUUCUCCCCUCCAAACUUAGCUGUGGGUAACUUGUCCCUUAAAGUUAUAUUAUUACUCAUAUUAUUUUAACAUUUCAUAGGUUAUUGAUACACUACAAACGUUACCUCAUAAAUUCGCGCCAUUCCUGUCAAGAAGUCCUUGUGCGCGGCCUGCUGGAGACAAGCGCGCCAUUUUGAAUUAUUGAGAAAAAAUAUAUCGAUAGGAAUUUAAUAUAAAGGUUGACAAUUACAUAUCUAAUUUAACUAAAUUUUCCUGAAACCACACCCCUAACAAAACACCUCCACGGAUCUACAUUCAUUUUUCAAUUCAGAACGACAAUUUCGGUGAAUAAUGACCUCUUUGAAUGUUUACAAAUGUAAGGACUUUUUUCUCUCUCCAUUUAUAAAUAUCAAGUAAUAAAGGUCAUCACAUUAAGUUUCAACAUUUAUGUUCAAUAUGUUUACUAGCAGCUAUGCAAAAUGCAAGUUACUUAAAG